AUGAGCCAUCCAGUAUUGGUGAAAACGUCUCCUUCAAGCAUUCCUGGUUCCAAAAUCAGCCAUCAAAGGUCCAAAGCGUCAGAGAAAUGGACUCAGCUACAAGCACAUCUUGUUUCAAAAACAGACAAGAAAGGCAAGCUUAAGGAUAAGGCUGGUAAUGAAGGUGAUGGUGACGAAGAAGCUUGCUCUGAACCUUUAAGUUCUAACGCACUGUUAGAAAAAAGGACACAUCUUCACGCACAUCUGGUUACAAGUACAGAGAAGAAAGGGCAUGUAAGGGGUAAUGAAGGUGGUGGUGACGAAGAAGCUUGCUCUGAACCUUUAAGUUCCAAUGCACUGUUAGAAAAGGACACAUCUUCACGCACAUCUGGUUACAAGUACAUAGAAGAAAGAGCGAGCGUAAGGGGUAAUGAAGGUGGUGGUGACGAAGAAGCUUGCUCUGAACCUUUAAGUUCCAAUGCACUGUUAGAAAAGGACAAAUCUUCACGCACAUCUGGUUACAAGUACAGAGAAGAAAGGGCGAGCGUAAGGGACCCUGAAUCUUCUGACACAGACCAUGAUGUGCCAGUAAGACAACCACAUGCAAAACCUGGGCCGUCCACAACUGUAACCAUGUCGGGUCAUCCCAAGAGGCUUCAGAAACUCGGUGAAGACCAGAGUCAUCUUUUGAAGACGCUGUUCAAAACGAAUAUUGCGUUGAGGAAGGAGCUUAAGCGUGAAGACUGUGAAAGAGUAAUGCAAAAAUAUGAAAUUCUACACGGAUUGUCAUGGAAAAAAAUUAAAAAACACGAUUCAUAACUGGAUUACUGCUGAAAAGUGAAAACAAAAAUGAUUUUAUAGCUUUUUAGCCCACAUGCGCACAAUGUUCUCAUGGUGAGCUUUUGUGAUCGCUUUUUGCCCGUUGUCCAUCUUGCGGCAUCAACAUUUGCCUUGUUAAUAUUCUAGAGGUCACAUUAAUUGUCCGAUCUUCAUGAAAUUUUAUUUGACGAUUUGUCCCAAUGAUAUCUUGGAAAAGAUUACAAAUGGUUUCGGUUGGUUGAAAAACAAUAAUUUACGCGCCAUAUACUCCAUACUUAAAUCAAUAUUGUUAUAUGCAAAGCAGCAAUGCUUAAAAGAAAUAAUACAAAAUUGGGAGGGGGCAUUACUCGUAUGAAAACAAGAUGGUGGUAUUUGUUAUAAACACGUGUAAAACAGUUGGAUUUUUCUGGCCAAAGACAACUAUUCAUACGACCAACUUCUUAAUUUUUGCAUAGCUCGUCAUAUUGAUUUCCAUUCAGAUUUACUUCAGAAAAAAUCUAUUUCAUAUCUCUGAUGCCAGAGCUAUACAUAUGUUUAUAAGAAGAGUAAAUCUGAGAUCCGUUUUCAUUUAUGAUAUUUGAAAUGGCAUGUUUAGACGAAGAUUCUCUACAAUUUUCUACAUAAAUAUAUAUAUAUAUUUUUUGUAAAAAUGGUUUCGGUUGGUUGAAAAACAGUAAUUUACACGCCAUAUACUCCAUACUUAAAUCAAUAUUGUUAUAUGCAAAGCAGCAAUGCUUAAAAGAAAUAAUACAAAAUUGGGAGGGGGCAUUACUCGUAUGAAAACAAGAUGGUGGUAUUUGUUAUAAACACGUGUAAAACAGUUGGAUUUUUUCUGGCUGAAGAUAACUAUUCAUACGACCAAAUUCUUAAUUUUUGCAAAGCUCGUCAAAUUGAUUUCCAUUGUAGAAUUUACUUUAGUUCGGAGUUGUGAACCGAAUUGACCAUGUUUUUGUUAGCAAGUAACACUGUACAACAAGGUCUAUUUUUUCUCCACUCUCAAUAAACAUGUUUUACUUACUCUGCAAUAGUUUAUGAGUUACUAAAUUCCUUUGAAACAUUGGACCAUUUUCUUUAUUAACAGAUCAUACUUGCACAAUUGUUGUUAUGUUUUCUUUAUGGUUAAGGCAUUGUGACAUGUAUAUUAAUUUGAUUUUUAUGCCCCCCGAUAGAGGGCAUAUAGUGAUCGGACCGUCCGUCAGUCUGUCUGUCUUUCCGUCACACUUUGCGUUUAGGUUUCGCAUUUAGGUUUCAAAAAAUGCUCAUAACUUCUAUGUCCCUUCAGAUAGCAACUUGAUAUUUGGCAUGCAUGUGUAUCUCCUGGAGCUGCACAUUUUGAGUGGUAAAAGGUCAAGGUCAUCCUUCAAUGUCAAUGGUCAAAUAUAUCACUUCAAAGCGGCGCAGAAGGGGCAUUGUGUUUACGACAAACACAUCUCUUGUUUCCAGAUGAUAUUGUCUGAACUUGACAUUAGUUCUAUGUGUGAUGAUUAAAGCAUUGUGUCAUGUAUGAAGAUAUUUUGCUUAAAUGUUUUCAUGUUGUGGUAUUCACUCUUCUAUAUACUUUGUGUCAGAAGAAAUUAAGUCUUUGAUUUUUAUAAUAUACAAUUGUAAUUAGAUUUUUUCCUGAUGAUAUUCUGAACUUGACAUUUGUUCUAGGUGGGAGGGUUAAGGCAUUGUUUCAUGUAUGAAUAUAUUUUGCUUAAACGUUUUCAUGUUGUGGUAUUGACUCUUCUAUAUAAUUUGUGUCUGAAGAAAGUAAGUGUUUGAUUUUCAAAAUAUACAUCUAUAAUUUGAUUUUUUAUACGCCCGUUUUUCAAAACGGGACGUAUUAUAGUUUCACCCUUGGCGGGCGGGUGGACGCCGCCGGUGGGUGGACGGGCGGUUUCCACAGCAGUUUCUGCUCUCUAUUUCAAAUAGUUUUCAUCUGAUCUUCACCAAACUUGGUCAGAAGUUGUAUCUAGACAAUAUCUAGGUUAAGUUUGAAUAUGGGUCAUGUCGAGUCAAAAACUAGGUCGCGGGGUCACUUAGAGCAUUUCAGGAUUAAGUAUGGUUUCCGCUCUCUAACUGAAGAAGUUUUCAUCCGAUCUUCACCAAAUUUGGUCAGAAAGUGUAUCUAGACAAUAUUUAGGUCAAGUUCGAAUAUGGUUUAUGCUGGGUCAAAUACUAGGUCACGGGAUAACCAAGUGCAUUUCAAGGAUUUAGCAUGGUGUCCGCUCUCUUAAUUGAAGUAGUUUUUUUUGUGUACAUGAUAUUUAGGUAAAGUUCAAAUAUGGGUCAUGCCGGGUCAAAAACUAGGUCAUGAGGUCACUUAGUGCAUUUCAAGCAUUUAGCAUGGUGUCUGCUCUCUAAUUGAAGUAGUUUUGAUCCGAUCGUCACCAAAUUUGGUCAGAAGUUGUGUCUAGAUGAUGUCCAAAACCUUCAAAAGGGCGUAUCCUAUGACAGUUUGGCACUCUUGUUUCCAGAUGAUAUUGUCUGAACUUGACAUUGUUCGAAGUGUAAAUACAUUUUGAAACUACUUUUUGUCAUAAAAAUGUUUGGGAGUAUUUUUUGGAGGAAUAAACUGUUUUAAAUCGA